UAAAGAAAGAAAGAAAGUCAAACAUCAAGCGCUGCGUGUUCACAUCACUCUGAUUUUCACAGUGUUGUUUGUGUGUAUUUUGGUGUUUAGUUGAUAGUCAUGACGUCACAGGCUGAUGGGAUGUGCUCCAGACACACGCAGGACUCGGAGCUCAGCCUCACUUUACUCUGUUAUACUGACACAAACCCCACAGACGCUCAGGACACUGUGUGUGACAGUAAUCACACCUUGAAUCAGGAUGAAUCUACUGAUCAAACCUCCACAGAGUCUCUGGAUUCUGUCUGUAACGCUGGAGAACAGCAGAUCCUGAACACCAGACCACUCAACAUGUGUUCUGUCACACUGAUUGGGACUGAUGGGAAACUCAUGGAGAUGGAAACAGAACUCACGUCAGAGGAAGAAGAGACUGAGGAUGAUGAGGACGACAAUGAGGACGAGGAGAAUGAGGAUUUUACUCUUUCAGAUGAAAGCAGUGAUUCAUGUUCUGAUGGAGAAACGGCCUCUACAUCAGAGGAGGAGGAGGACAAGAAGCACCGAUUUCACAUGAGUGGUGAAAAGUCUUUCCACUGCAGUGAAUGUGACAAAUAUUUCAGCACCAAACACUAUCUUCUUUCUCAUCAGAGAAUUCACACGGGGAGAAGACCAUACCAGUGUCCCCACUGUGACAAGAGGUUCGACCAAAAAAACAGUGUUCGGCAACAUGUGUGUGUCCACACCAAUGAGAGACCGUAUCAGUGCAGUGAAUGUGGAAAAACCUUUAAGCGGGUAUGUUCUUUAAAGAGACACCAAAUAUCACACUCCGAGGAGAAACUCCAUCAGUGUUCACACUGUGAUAAACGCUUCCAUCAUAAAGAGAAUCUGAUGCUUCAUAAGAGGAUUCACACUGGAGAGAAACCUUACCUCUGCUCUCAAUGUGGAAAGAGAUUUUCUCAUCCAAGUGUCUUCAUAGAACAUCGGAGAGUUCACACGGGAGAGAAACCUUAUCACUGCAGCGUUUGUGGGAAGAGUUUUAGUCGGGCAGGUACUUUUAAACAUCAUCGGAGGGUUCACACUGGAGAAAAACCUCAUCCCUGCAGUGUUUGUGGGAAGAGCUUCAGUCGACGUGAUAAUUUAAGGACGCACCAGAGACUUCACACUGGAGAAAAACCUUACAAAUGCUGUCAGUGUGACAAGGCGUUUACUCAGAAUGUUCUCCUGAAACUCCAUCAGAAAGUUCACACAGGAGAGAAACCAGGAAAAACAUCUGUGAAGAAGACAUUCAGACGGGCAGAGAAAAACAACAGCCAAACAUCAGAACAGAACCCUUAAUUUUUUUCAAACAAAAUUUGUUUUAUGGUAGAUGUUAACCAACAGCAGCUUCCCUAUCUCCCAAUUUGUGCGUUUAGAAUAUGUACAUUUAAUUAAUUGAUAUGGAAAUAUAUCCAAAAAUGAUUAGAUGCAUGAUUGGAACACAGAUGUAACAGUUUUAUUGGUUAAUAUACAUGUUAAUGUUGUAGAAGCUUCACACUCUUUGAUAACCAUUUAAGGCUCUAAUGGUUUUAAUGGUUAUAAAGGGGGUUGUACAAUACAAAUACAUGGCUAAAGGUCUCAUCCAUAACACUGGAAUUGCCCAAAUAGUAAUGUUUGAACAGAUAAAGGCGAUGACAUCUGUCGUGGAGUGGGUCCAGGAACACCCAGAGGUGCCUGGCCGGUGUAUACUGGCAAGUUGCUGCUUUAUGUAUUUGCCCUGUAAACCUUAAUCUUCCUAUACAUAAAAAAUUGCUUUGUAUGUACCUUGUAUAUCCUUUGUUUUACGUCAGUUGGUUAUGUAAUUGAAGCAUUACAUCCCAGCUAACCAAAAUACGUGACUUUAACGUAACAUCAACGUAAUCUUGUGACCAAACUUACUUUGUUGCGUGACCAGAAAAGUGAAAUUCCUGGUUUCGACGACUUGAUAUGGAAGGCCAUUUUGGCAAAUAUUUCUUUAGACGUAACGUGUACAGACGAUAUAACGCAUGUACGAGUUUUUGCGCCUAAAGACGUAAUUUUGUGUACAGACACGUGGAUAAGUAAUGGACUACUUGCACGUAGCCUCGUGACGUACUUCCGACUUGAAAUCGUACGGCUCAAUAGUUUCCGGUUAUAUGUAUUUACUACGGGCUGUUGCUCCCUGUGAAACCUAAAAGCUUGAAAAUAAGAUUUUUACGCACAUGCGUUAUCAGCGACAAGAAGAAAUAUUUUAAACAUCACUAGGUACAUCAUCUUCAAAAGAUCUGAAAAAGUAAUGGCUGGUGAACGAUAGCGUUUCACUGUUCCUCCUCGCACACACCUCCGUUUCAGACAUUUAACCACCAAACGCACAUCACAGAAGGAGACUAACGGAAUCACAGCAGCACUGAUUGGAUUGAACAACUACAGACUUUAAAUCCUGCCGUGUUUAAUGCGUGAGAGUGCAGGGACCUGACGAACACACACAACACGUUUUUAUUAAAUGUUUGGAUUACUAUGUUGUGAUGUUUUUUUAUUGACAAAUGUAAUGCUAUCCAUAAGUAAAUGCAUUUUUUUGUCAAUAGCUAUAGGCCUAUGUAAAAAAUGUAGUUAUAACGUUUAAGGAUAAAUGCCACAAAAAUUUGUGCAGUUAACGUAUUUAUUCGGCAUUAAAUCUGGUCUAUCUGCACAUUGCUGUUUAAAAAUACUCAUAUUUUUAAAUACUUUGCCAUGUGAAUGAAUGUCUAAUUAAUUUAAAAUCCGCAUAGAACAUUUAACAAUCACUGUAUGGCGUCAUUUUAUUUUUGUUAAAAUGUAUGAAAUAUAAUCUAUGAAUGAGACUAAACCGUUAGGAAACAGCGUUUAGGAAAGCGAUGAAUUGCUGCAUGGUGCAUACAACGGCUUUAUUAUUCAGCAGAUGAGUAAAUGAUCAAAUAUAUUUGGAGGGGAACUUCUGCUAAUUUAAGAUCUGUCAUAAAAACCCACAUUAAAGCAUGUUAACGUCACAAAAUUCAUCACAUCACAUCACAUUGGUUUAAAUAAUUGUAUUCUCUUUGUGAAAUAGGACUUUGUGAAUGCUGGUAUGUUAUAUUUGUAUGCACUGAAAUGAGCUUCGUGUAUCAGAUUCCAUUAAAGAGAUGGAGAUUAGCAAAA